UGAGGGCUUCAUCCCUCUCUUCAGGCAGGUCUCAGGGGAGGGUUUCAGCAGAAUAGUCCUGUUUUCCAGGUGUGUUCUUUCAGACUCCUGGUUUCUUCUGAUUGGUCCCAGUCAGGGCAGCAGGUCACUGGUCAUCGCAGCUGGCCCUGGCGCUACUCACCUGGUUUUGCUGCUUUUCUGAGCCUGGAGCCUAGAUGUCAUCUCUAGGGAGGUGACCUGUAACUGGCUGUAAAUUGCUGAGUUAGCUGUCGCAGUUUCUCCAUUCCCCUUGUCAAGGAAUUUUCCUAGCUUAGCUGACUCUCCCCUUGCUCAAGUCUUUUAAAGUCCUUCAAGUCCUCAUUGGUCUGGCAGGCCAGGGAACUUCGAGGGAGGGGCUGUGGUGGGAAAGGAAGCCCAGAAAAGGCAAGCGAGAAAUAAAGGGGAAGGUGCAGUUUUCGAAGGGGCAGCUCUCUCCACCCUUCCUGCUCAGCCUGGCCGGGCCUCUCCUCCCACUCGACCGGCUGACCCUGUAGUGGCCCCCAUGUCCGACCACAGAUUCAGCCCCGUGCCCGGGGAGGAACCCGGCUGCCACCUCUCCAAGAAAGCCAAGGUCUGUCUGGGCAUCCUCCUGUGUGUCCUGGUGGCGGGGACGAUCGUCGCGGUGGUGGUCGGAGUCCUGAAGUGGCCCCGGACGCCCCCGCACCGGGAGUGGAAUGGGACGGGCACCACUCCCCAUUUUUCGGAGAUCGUCCUGGGCCGAUGCUACACCUACACUCAGGUCCUGCGGCCAGAGCUGAGACUAUACUCGACAAAGCAACCUGAGAAAUCCUUUGAAACACAUAAAGACUGCGGACAGAUAGGGAAGGCAUUCAUGAAUGCAUUCCUUUCCAAGGAUCCUUGUAACAGUUCAGAGCAAGACUACCAGCUGCUGCUGAAGCUGACCAAUCAAACCACACCCUGCCACACGAAUGUCUUUUGGAGCAAAUCAAAUCAGCUAGCUCACCAGUACACCAGGGUGCGGCAGGAUAUGUUCACGCUGGAGGACACACUGAUGGGCUACAUUGCUGACGGCCUCGACUGGUGUGGAGAUGCAGGCUCCUCUGAAAUGAACUAUCAGUCCUGCCCGCACCGGAGGAAAGACUGCAUAAACAACCCCACGUCUGUGUUCUGGGACACGGUGUCCAAAAGGUUUGCAGAAAAUGCCUGUGGUGUGGUGCAGGUGGUGCUCAAUGGGUCCAUCAGUAACACCUUUGAUGAAAACAGCACUUUUGGACGUGUGGAAAUCCAUAAUUUGCAUCCAGGGAAAGUUUCUAGACUACAAGCCUGGGUGAUGCAUGACAUUGGAGGAGUUCACAGUCACUCAUGCUCGAGUCCUAUCAUAAAUGAUUUGAAAUUUAUUUUAAGCAAGAGGAAUAUUUCAUUUACCUGCCAGGAUGACUACAGGCCUAUCAAGUUUCUUCAGUGUGUGAAAAAUCCUGACCAUUCGUCUUGCAGUUCUAUAAUAUGAACCAUCGGCAUGGUGCUUUACAAUCUUUGAGCCCUUGUGGUGUACAUGUCUGUGUGUGACUCAGGAGACACUCUGAUGGAAAGCUGAGGAUUUGGAGGAUCUUCUGUCAUCAUGUCAUACCAGAGAUGGAAGCCUUUCCCCCCAAAGUCUUAAAACAGCUUGUUAUUGGCAUAGUUUUUAUUUUGAUUUCUUAACAUUCAAGAAAAGAUUAAUUAUUAUAUAAAAUUAGAAUGAAAUUUUUAUGUUAUUUUAAUUUUCAUAUGAUGCUUUUAUGUUGUUUAUAUGUUGGACAGAAUAUGACUCUGUCUGGAAAUAACAUUUCCCAAAGACUAUCAGGAGCUUCCAGGUUCUCCAGGAGGGCAAUAACAGUUUGGAAGCCUCUUAGUCAAGAAGAACACUCAAAAUUACCCCACAGGCUGGUCAGGCAGAGAAGUCGUUCUUUUCCUGAGGACACUCGGCUGUCACUUUGCCACUGAGAUGUGGCCACUGCUACUUCUGGGAAUAGCAGUAACCAGAGUAGAUGGUUCAUGGUGAUGGGACAUGAAGUAUGGCCCCUGCCUCAGACUCACCAGCCUCAGGUUCAUGGCUGCACAGAUGCACCUGCCACACAGGACCUGGAACAUGGAAAGUGCUUAGAACAGAGUUCAGAGCUCAGUUUUUCUACCUGUGAAAUGGGGGUGAUGACAGUGCUGACCUCUGGAUUGUCUUGAGCAUUUGAGCAAGAUGCUAGAAGUAUAAAUCUUAGAAUUGCAUUUGAUAUUAGAAAGAGCUCUGUUAAACUUAGUGUUUUAAUUAAAAAAAAAUGUUGAAACCUGUUUUUAUUCCUGAGGAAAUUCCUUGACUAGCCUACUUGUUUAGAAGCUGAGGCCCUGGGAGUAAUGGAGAUGGGAAGGUUUUGCCCUCUUGACAAUCAGCAGGGUCAGACACACUCUCACACAAGGCUUGAAUAGUCUUGGGUGGUUAGAACUUGCCCACCUGAUGGGACUGAAUAAGGUAUCCUCCUGAAAUCUUUAAGAGCUGGCUCCCAUCUCAAGAUUAGCAUUGACAAUGGUAUUAAGAGGUGAUGCCCCUCACCCCACCCCUUGCCACCAAAUCUAAGGAUUUAAUGUUUGUAAUUGUCAUUCUGUAGCCACUAUGAGUUCAACAACUUCCCCUGGCAUUGCCGAUCCAAGCCCUGCUUGAUGACCAGGGCCCACCACUCUGGUGACAGUAAAGGUGUGCAUAUCCCUUAGUAGAAUGAAAUCAGAAGACACAAUGUGUUGGAAGUACCACUUCACUCCAGUGUAAUCAGUGCACUGAAAGAACAUUGAGGAACAGUGAGACUGAGAAGGAAUGGGGUAGCUAACCCAAGUCUUCGUUACAAGAACAAAUCUCCCUUUGUGAAUACUACUUAAUAAUCAGUUCAGUUUCCACGGAGUUGCCUUCCAGAGAAUUUCCCUGAAGUGGCAGAAUAAUCAGAUCCAAGGUGACUGCUGGAGGAAGAGAGGCCCCUUUGGAGCCACUAAGUCUCAGAUCACUCUUGGUUGCUCAGCAUUAAUGACUUUGGCCCAUAGAACUCAGAGCUUCUCCAAGCACAGAUUGCUUGGACCAGUGAGGCAGGAGGAAGUGGCCAUGGGUGUCCUUCCUGCUUUCAGCUUCUAGAACAUGAGAGGAGUCAUUGGGUCAGUGCUGUCAGACUGGAUUGCUUUAAAAAUGUGUUGUUUUUUAAGUGUCAUCCAUGACAAUUAACAUGUCAAAUACUCUCUUGUUAAUGAACAAAAUAGACAUUUCUGUAAUAAUUUAUUACAGAAUCAUGAAAGAAUUAUAGAACGUUAUUGCUACAGAGCAGUAACUCAACCUCUUCUCUUGGCAAGUGAAGAAGCGGAAUCUCUCUCCUGGGAGCUCUAGAGGGUGGGUGCUGAGUGGUUGGCAGUAGCUUAAGAGCCAAGAUUUUCCUCACUCGAUGUCGCUCUUUCACAUCACGAAGCUUAAGCCCUCACAAACAGGAGUGGUGGAGAUGACCGGUUCUUGCUUAGUAUUUAUUAUUUUCUUGUUCUUCUUGUUAAAUAAACAGUAAUCAUCAAGUCCCCAUUAUAAACUAGAAACCUGGUUUCCAGCCCACAGAAUACAUUCUCAGCUCUAUAGUCGGGUCUGGCCAAUGGGAUGUGAGUUCGCCUGGUUAUUUUUAAAGACAGAGAUACUACCCUGAUUUUCCCCUUUCCCUUCCCUUUGCUGAACAAUAAUGCAACUCCAGUAGCAGCCUGAGACCUCAAGAUGAAGCCAGAGCUUGUGGAUGGCAAAUCUGACUGGUCAUAGAGACUUCUUUGUCCCUUCCCCAUCCUGAGUCACGGUCACCCAGAAUCUCAGUUCCAUGCUGGGUAGACUUGACCUGUUUUCUUCAUUGUUUUAUCCUUCACCCCAGGCAUGUGUUUCCAUGACACCCUGUUUCAUUCUUGCCUCUGCAUCUCAGCUCCCUCCUCUGGACUUGGCUUUGCUGGCUGCUUCAGCCUCACUAUGACUUACCGAUUGUUCAUUCAAUCACCAAUAUUAGUUGGUCCUUUUCCUGGAUAGAGUCUGAUCUUUGAAUUGAAGAGAAAGGUCAAUGUGUAGUUUUAACAACAUGUGAUGGAAAUACAUUUUAUCUGAAUAAAUUGUGUAUGGAAAGAAAAAGGGUUGGUAGAAUUAGAUGGAAAUUGCAUAGAUUAUUAUAAAGUGUUUGAAAUGUAAGUUAACAUGAUGUUUCCUUUUAAUUUAACUCAAGUAAGACAUUAAGUUCAUGAGAUGUCACAACAUUGUGUACACACCUGUAUGUUUUGAAUCAGAAACGUGAACUUGAAUAUGAAAAUUCAGAACCAGAUAAAGUGUGUUUAUCUAUAUCUUUUGUAUUCAGCAGCUUUGGAACUUGGGUGCUUUAAGAGUCUUUGAGGACAUAAAAUUUAAGGAUACAAGAGUCUUCUGAUGCUUAGUCAAGGGAAAUUUUCCCAUCCAGAAGUUAUGUGAGCUUCAGAAUUCUCACCUGUAAAGAGAAGACAGUACCUACCCACAUACCUGCCAACCUGACAGCUAUAACACUUCCAUGCCAGAACACAGUGUAGGCACUAAAAACAAAGUCGUAUGGGUCAAUGCAAGCUUCCAAAGGUCAUGUUCACCUGGAUUUGAAGUUCUAAAAGUUGAAGACUUACUUAUGGAAGGAGAUUGUAUAACACCCUGCUUGAAGGGAAGAAAGAGAGAAGUGCCGAGUCAUGCUUUGUAGAGGUCAUGGUGGAUGUAGGCCCAGAUGUCCAGGCAGAAAGAGGAAGCUGUGUGGAAGUGGGGGUAGAAAAUGGUGUGUACUCUAGAAUUAGGUUCAAAUCGCAGCUCUGGCAUAUGCUGAAGUUUCCAGGGACUAUAGGCAAGUCAUUUCCUGUCUAGUGCUCAGAGAACACACGUGUAAAAUGGGGUUGGUAAUGACAGCUACAUCCUAGAGAUGUUGGGGUACUAAAUGGCCUGGUGUACUUACUGUGUUCAGUGCAGGGACUAGUGUGGGGUGAGAAGGCAUUAGUCCUUAUUAUUAGGGAAGGUUAGAAAAACAUUACCUAGGAUAUAAAGUGUCACGGUGGUCUCUAGCUUGUUUUUCAUGUUAUCCAAGGUUCUUAGUCACAUGGAGCAUAUUCCUAAGUGGCAAAAAAGAUAGGAUUCAUGGCAAAACAUUCUACCUGAGUCCUACAGUGAGCAAGUCACAUCACCUUUCUGAGCCUCAGUUUUCUCUUGCAUAAAAUGGGAAUGACAUUUUACUUACCUCACUGAGAUGAUGUGAGAUCCAAUGAGAAAAUGCAGGGGGAAAAUGUUAGGAAAAGCAUGGGACAAAGGUGAAUUAUUGAUGUGGUGGUGAUGAUGAUGACAAUGACAUGAGUUUUUUCAAUUAUCAUCUUGUAAUUUGAGGCAAAAAUAGAAUUUCAUAAACCUGGCUCUACUUAAAAUGCCCUUAUAAAGACUGAGUAUGUAAAGGAAACCUAUAGCAAAUAUUCAAGGUCAGUAAAAUACCAGAACACUACCUAGCAAAGACUAGCCAGUAUGUAAACAAAUAUAAGAACUGCCAGCAGAGGGAGGCAGGUACUGACACACGUACAGUAGCCCAUUCUUCUCAUCCCCAGAGUGGAUUUGACAGUACAGACAGUGUAGCAUCUCUAGGCUGUUGUUUAGCAAAGGGAAGGAAAAUUGUGGCAGUGUCUCUGUCUUUAAGAAUAACAGGAAAUUGCAUGAAUCAUGCACACUCAUAUCCCAUUGGCCAUACCCCACUGUAGAGCUGAGAAUGUAUUCUGUGGACGGGAAACCAGGUUUCUAGUUUAAAAUGGGAGUUGAUGAAUUCUGUUUAUUUAACAAGAAGAACAAGAAAAUAAUAAAUACUAAGCAAGAGUCAGUCAUCUCCACUACUCCUCUUCUGUGAAGCCCUCCUUGACCACCCCAUAUAUGUUGUACCCCUCCAUUCUUCUUACAGCCUUCUGCCCCUUCUCUGCAUUAAUUUUCUCCUAUUAAUUAGUUUAAAACUUUCAUGGUACUUCCUGUGUGCUAGAUACGAUCCUGAGUAUUUUAAAAAUAUAUUGCUUACUUCUCGAAAAAAUCCAUAUGAGGUAGGCAUUAUUUUUAUUUGCAUUUCAUAGAUGAGGGACAGAAAAGUGUGUUGCUUGACCAAUGUUCCAGAGUGAAUGUUGAUGGAGUCUGGCUGUACAAACACCACUCCUCAGUCUACUCAGCUACCUCUCGUUGCACUUAGCGCAGUGGAACACAGAAUUUCAGUAUCCACUUAUUUAUUUUCUGUCUCCCUUACUGGAAUGCAAGCUGUAAGAGGGCAGGAACUUUGUUAGUUCCUGGUCCCCACCUCCAAGACACAGUUUAUAAUAAUGGUCUCCUUCUUCUUCGUCUCUAAGAUUUUAGAACAGUGGUUCUCAACCUUCCUAAUGUCGCGACCCUUUAAUACAUGUAGCUCCUCAUGUUGUGGUGACCCCCAACCAUAAAAUUAUUUU